AUGGACAAAAUAGCAAAUUAUACUGAUGCAGCGAGACGCAUCCUGCGCGAAGUGCCUCUCAUUGAUGGGCAUAAUGAUUGGCCGUGGAACAUAAGAGAAUGGUUUGAAAGUCAUUUAGGACAGCCAGACAUCGACCUCGACUCGAUUCCCAUCGGCCAAACUGACUUACACCGGCUAGAACAAGGUCUGCUCGGCGCUCAGUUCUGGAGCGCAUAUGUCCCCUGCCCCAAGUCUCCCGAAGAACACGACCCUGCGCUAGAAUCUCUCCAAAUCAUCCGCACUACAUUACAGCAGAUUGACUUGAUCCAUCGCAUAGUCGAACGGUAUCCUACACGGUUCGGCUUUGCAGAAACAGCAACGGAAGUCUGGAAUGUCUUUCGCAGUGGCCGUAUCGCCUGCUUGAUUGGCGUCGAAGGCCUUCAUCAGAUCGGCAACAGUUUCAGCGUGCUGCGCAUGUAUCGCAGGCUUGGAGUUCGCUAUGUCACGUUGACACAUACAAAGAAUAACCUUUUCGCCGACGCGUCUACUGCGGAUCCGACCCAUAAUGGACUUUCCGAGCGCGGAAGAGCUGCGGUCCAGGAGAUGAACCGGGUUGGCCUUAUGGUAGAUCUUUCUCAUACGAGCAAAGCCGUACAACUCCAAGCCCUGGAAACAAGCGUUGCGCCAGUGAUAUUUUCGCAUUCAUCAUGUCAUGCACUUACAGCACACGUACGCAAUGUGGAUGAUGAAGUGCUAGACUUGGUCAAAAUCAAUGGCGGCGUUGUCAUGGUCUGCUUUCUGGAAGCACACGUCACUAAAGAAGGAAAUGAAAGGGCUACAUUGGCAGACGUAGUAGACCACAUCAUGUACAUGGGCAAGAGAAUUGGCUACGCACACGUGGGAGUCGGCUCCGAUUUUGAUGGUAUGCUACGGGGUCCUUUAAGACUAGAUCAAGUCACAGACUAUCCAGCCUUGGUGGAAAGGCUCCUUGGGCUGGGUGUGACGGACGACGAAGUAAAGCAGGUUCUUGGCUUGAAUAUCCUGCGUGUCAUGGACCAUGUGGAUGCCGUGGCUGCAAGUCUUCAAAGAAACCCGUCUAUUCGGCCAGCGUUGGACGACAUUACAACAAGAUGGACGGACGAUAUACGCGAUAUGCUUGUCAAGGAAGGAAAACGAAGACUUCAAGACAAGACAGAGGCUACGAAUGGCAUAUAG